UUUGCCACCACCACCAACCCUCCUACUUUGUUGUCAAGGCUCUCAAACAGCAGUAAUUUCACCGGUCAAUAAUUCACGCGUUCUUUACAAACUUGAAAUAAUGGACAAAUCGCUCGAGGAGGUCAUUGCCUCUCGCCCCAGGAGCACCCGCCGUGGUGGUGCUGGUCGUCGCGGAGGUGCAGGAGCCAAAGCUCAACUUCUCGGAACCGCUGGUGCCAAUCCUGCCACCCGCGCCGCCACUGCCGGCGCUAUCAAAGCCACAGCCACCACCGGUGGGCAGCCUGCCGAUAAAAUUAUUGUUUCCAACCUACCAACGGACGUGAAUGAAGUACAAAUCAAGGAGCUCUUCUCCACUACUGUUGGAGCCCUGCGCGAUGUCACUUUGCACUAUGACAGCGCUGGACGAUCAAAAGGAGUCGCAGCGGUUCAUUUCCAACGGAAGGGUGAUGGUACACUGGCCUACCAGCAAUAUAACAACCGAUUGAUCGAUGGGAAACGCCCGAUGAAGAUCGAAAUCGUAGUCGACCCCGCACGUCCAGCCCCGCCCGCUUCGCUCGUGUCGCGCGUUGCUCCUGCCUCUUCCACUGCUGCCGCUCCAGACGCCAGGGGUGCCAGGCCUGCUGCACGUGGUGCUCGCCGUGGAAGGGGUCGUGGAAGGAAGGGGAAUGAAAGACCUCAGAAGAGCGUUGCCGACCUUGAUGCAGAGAUGGAGGAUUACACUGCGAGCAAUAUCGUUGCUCCCGCUGCUGCUUAAGAGUAGCUCGUACUAUGUGUAUCUGCUAAUGCUGACCGCCUGUUGUUUUCCCCUUUGAUACCGUUCCGAUUUAUUCUUAGUAGACCCCUCCUGUAUUCUACACGCUUGCUUCCUGGGACUCGAAUUUCUAUUGAAUUAUGAGUCUGGCUCGCCUGUCGAGGCCUCGCGAUGUUCAUCUCGCCCAUUGAGUGGUCGAUGAGUACUAUUCUGUUUCUUUGCUGAUGCUAUGUACGCGUGCCAGAUGAUGUAGCCUGCUAGAAUGUUUCAGUACAUGUCCGCUGUAGCUGGGCGAAGUUUCGCUCUGUUCACUUCCUGCAACUCAUUUUUUUUCCUCCACGAUAUCGAGUUCAUCGACCCUUGUACCUACAGACUUCUGUAUACCUGCCCACCACUCCCUUGAAUUUUCGCACUGCAGUCCACACUCUGUACUAGUUUCCUUUGUGUAAUCAGGCA